AUGCAAUGUGUGCUUCUCUCUUACAAUAUUAAGCCCAACCGGGAACAGACCUUGGUGUCUCCGCUGUGUAAUGGAAACAUAGUGAAGCAGGUGAUGGUAGAAACAUCAUGCAGCAUUUUGACUGGAGAUAUUUUUGAAGAAUGCAAAAAACUUGUGAAUCCUGAGCCCUACAUAGAUAUUUGCAUGUAUGACACUUGUGCUUGCGAAUCUAUUGGGGACUGUGCUUGCUUCUGUGAUGCUAUAGUGGCCUAUGCACAUGUCUGCGCCCAAAAAGGUGUUGCUGUUCACUGGAGAUCACCGACACUGUGCCCACAAAGCUGUGAGGACCUGAAUAAACAGAAAUUAGAUUAUCAAUGUGAAUGGCGAUAUAAUAGCUGUGGACCUGCUUGUCCUAUAACGUGCCAGCACCCACAGCCUUUGGACUGCCCUCUGCGGUGUGUGGAAGGAUGCCAUGUACGCUGUCCUGCAGGGAAAAUACUUGAUGAACUGUCCCUGGAUUGUGUCAAUCCAGAAGACUGUCCUGUGUGUGCAGUUGGAGACGACAAGAUCCCAGAUGGAAGGAGAAUAGUUUUGAACAGAGGUGAUCCACAGCGCUGUGAAUCUUGUCUGUGUGAAGGGAAGAACUUAACCUGUGUAGCCUGUGAACCAGUGGAGGACACCCUAACGCUGACAACACCUGCUCCAGAGGAGGACAUUGAACUGUCACCCAGUGAAUACUCUUGCAGCAAGAUGAUGGACUUGGCCUUCUUAAUGGAUGGCUCCAAUAAACUGUCAGAGGAGGACUUUGAACAGCUGAAGACUUUCAUAACCGGCAUGAUGAAGAAACUCCACAUUUCCCAAAAGAAAAUCCGUGUGUCAAUUCUGGUAUAUAGGGCUGGCCCCACAAUCUAUCUUGGCCUUAAAGAUAUCAAAACACAAUCCCAAAUGAGAAAAAUUGUCCAAAGCAUAAAAUACACAGGUGAUGAAGUAGCAUCCGCCUCUGAAGUCCUUAAAUACACUGUGUUUCAUGUUUUUGGAAAAGCAGAAAGGACCAAUGCUGCUAGAAUUGCAGUGCUAUUUAUAGCAAGCAAGUCUCCAGGAAAACUGCGCAGCAUCCUCACAGCUUUGAAGAAUAAAAAAAUCGCAGUAAUACCUGUGGGGAUUGGACCAUAUGUUAAUGUGGAGCAAAUCAGGUUCAUUGAGAAGCAGUCACCAGAUAAUAGAGCCUUCCUAUUGAACAAUGUGUUAGAGCUAAUGGAUAAUACGGAUCUCCUCAUUGAUCGUCUAUGUGAUCUUGGACCUGAAGAAAGUUCUCUGUUACCAGCUACGUCCACUCCAACAAUAUCCAGUGUCUCAUUUCCCCCUUGGGGUCUCACAGCACCACCACCCUUUUCAGAAAAACUCACUCAUAAAAGGCUGGACAUUGCUUUUAUUGUGGAAGGAUCUGACAACGUUGGGGAGGAAAAUUUCAAUAUUGUCAAGAAGUUCCUUGAGAGGGUGAUCACAGAAAUAAAUGUAGGACAGGAAGAUAUUCAUGUUACAGUCAUGCAGUAUUCAGAUACUGUCACUCUGGAGUAUUCCUUUAGGGAAAUACAGUCAAAGGAAAGUAUUAUUGAGAAGGUGAGGAGCAUACCCUACCAAGGAGGAAGGGCUACCAACACUGGGAAUGCCCUCGAUUAUAUUUCCAAACACACAUUUACACAAGUGAAUGGGGGUAGGCAAGAUGUUCCUCACUUGGUAUACAUGGUGUCAUCCAACCCUUCCACUGAUGUUAUCACACGACCUCCCAGGAGUAUAAAUGUCAUUCCCAUUGGCAUAACCCCCAAUGCAAAUAUCCAAGAGCUCAGAAAGAUUAGUCAGCCUAAUAACCCAAUAAUCUUGCAUAGUUAUAGCACACUUAUUGAAGAAGCACCCGAAUUAGUGCUGCAGUCAUGCUGUUCUCGUAAGCUUUGGACAGAAAUUCCAGAGUUGUGCAACAAACCAAUGGAUAUCAUGUUUCUUCUGGAUGGAAGUUCCAAUAUUGGAGCAUCAGAGUUUGAGGAAAUGAAAAACUUUGUACGGGCAUUUAUUGAAAGUGUUGAGAUCAGCAAUACUUCAAUUCAUGUGUCAGUUCUCCAGUAUGCCAGGGAAAAUAAUCUAGAAAUUUCUUGGAACGUGCCUCAAGAGACUGAAAAGCUUGUAGAGAUGAUGCAUUCAAUUCAACAAAGGGAGCAAGGUCCUACCAAACUAGGAAAAGCCAUUGAUUUUGUUGUUCAGAAUGCAAUGUCGGAAUCCCACGGGGGGAGACCCGGCGCAUCAAAGGUUGCGAUAAUCAUUGUGUCGGGGAGAUCAGAAGACACGGUGGAAGCUGCUGCACUUUCUGCAAGAAUGAAUAGGGUAUCCCUGUUUCCAAUUGGAGUUGGGAACAGAUACGAUGAAGAGCAACUAAGAACUUUGACUGGGCCAUCAGCUGCCAACAGAAUCAUGAAGCUUCAGAAUUUUGAAGAUUUAUCCACUAUGAUCACAUUGAAUAGUGAAUUUAUCAAAAAAGUGUGCAUGGACCCUGUCAGAGAAUGUAUAGAUGAGGAUGGAAACAAAAAGAAACCUGGUGACAAAUGGACGUUACCGGACCAGUGCCACACUGUGACAUGCUUUCCAGGAGAUUACACAGUUCUAGAGAGUCACCAAAUUAACUGUGAGAGGAUGCCAAAACCAGUAUGUCACAGCAAUCUUCCUGCUGUUAAGAUUGAAGAAACGUGUGGCUGCCGAUGGAUGUGUCCAUGUGUCUGUAUAGGAAGUUCAUCUCGACAUAUUGUCACUUUUGAUGGGCUAAAUUUUAAGCUGACUGGCAAUUGCUCCUACACCUUGUUUCGAGAUGUGCAACAGGAUGUUGAAAUUCUCCUCCAUGAAGGACCAUGCAGAGCAACACCAAAGAUGAACUGUAUGGACUCCAUUGAAGUGAAACAUCGUGGGGUGUCUGUUCAGCUCUUCAGUGACAUGACAGUGGCUGUUAAUGGUGAAAGGGUUCAUAUUCCCUAUUCCAGCAGUUUGUUUGAAGUCACUGUCUAUGGAGCAAUAAUGCACGAAAUCAAGUUCUUCCAUCUUGGACAUAAUCUCACGUUUACUCCAAGAAACAAUGAAUUUAUUCUUAAACUUAAUUCAAAGAGCUUUUCUUCAGGAACACAAGGGCUUUGUGGGGUGUGUGACCAGAACCACAUCAAUGACUUCUCAUUACGUGAUGGAUCUGUCACUCCUGACAGCAGUGUGUUUAUCCAAGACUGGAUGGUGAAAGAGCUGGGGAAGAUCUGUGAAAUCCGGAGAGAAGACAGAUGCUCUGAGCAUGCAACAAGCCACUGCCACCUUCUGCUCUCUGAUCGCUUUGCUGAGUGCCACAGGGUGAUCUCCCCAAAUAUGUUCUACGAGGCCUGCAUAGAAAGCAGCUGCUAUGAGGAUGAAGCCUGCGAGAUGAUAACUUCCUAUGCUCACAUCUGCAGGGAAAACGGGGUCUGCACAGACUGGAGAACACCUGAGCUGUGUCCAAUGAAAUGUCCCACAUAUUUGACAUAUGAUCACUGCCACAAAGCCUGCAUAAAGCACUGUGAGAAUAGUACCAAAGUCAGUGUCUGCAAGGAUUAUCCCACAGAAGGCUGCUUCUGUCCAGACGGACAGGUGAUUUUUAAUGACAGCUGUGUUAAUGAAGAAGUCUGCACAGAAUGUGUCAGUGAAGAUGGCACGCACCAUCAGUACAUGGAAACAUGGAUUCCCACAAAUGAGCCUUGCAAGAUCUGCACGUGUCUUGAUAACAAGAAAGUAAACUGCACGAUCCGACCUUGCCCUACUGCCAAACCUGCUCAGUGUGGUCCCUGUGAAGUCCCUCGUCUGCAUAGAGACUCCAGCCAGUGCUGCCCCGAGUAUGAGUGUGUCUGUGAUCUGGUUUCCUGCGAUUUGCCUCCUGCCCCUGUCUGUGAGUUUGGUCUGCAGCUAGCUCUGACCAACCCUGGAGAAUGCAAACCAAAUUACACAUGUGCGUGUAACAGAGAAGCAUGCGGUUUAGUUCAAAGACCUUCCUGCCCACCACAUCGAGAGCUGACUGUUAAGAAGACCGAGUGCUGUGAUAAAUAUGAGUGUACCUGCAGUUGUACAAACUCAACAGUGAGCUGCCCUCUGGGAUAUCUAACCAGAUCUCUCACCAAUGACUGUGGCUGCGUGUCUACCACCUGUGCUCCAGGCAGGGUGUGUGUGCACAACAACGUAGUCUACCCCGUUGGGACAACCUGGGAAGACGGUUGCAGGGAAUGCUCCUGCACCAGUAUGAGGGAUGAUGUUACGGGACUUCAGAUGAUGGAGUGUCAUGACAAAGCAUGUAACACGUUCUGCUCUCGGGGUUACAAGUAUGUUAUCCCAGAAGGGGAGUGUUGUGGGAGAUGCCAGAAGACUGCCUGUGAGGAGCAACUAUUCUGGUCUAGGGGUGAUGCAGAUCCUCGUUUGCAUGAGGUUGGCACAGAGUGGCGAUCCCCCUUCAAUCAUUGCAUUAUCAAUGAGUGUGUCCGGGUGAACAAUGAGGUUUUUGUGCAGCAAAAGAAUCUUUCUUGCUCUCAAAUGGAUGUGCCUGACUGUCCAGAGGGAACUGAACUACGUUGUGACCAAAUAAUAGACUGCUGUCCUUCCUGCAGAUGUGUACCCCUGAAUGGUUGUCCUUUGAAUGGCACUGUUAUUGGGCCAUGGAGACGCCUGAUGGUGGAUCAAUGCACAACAUGUCUCUGCUCCCUCCAGUCAACAUCUUCUCGGAGAUAUACUCUGACAUGUACAAAAUUAAGCUGCGAACCAUGCCCAAUAAAUUACAGAAGGCAGGAAAUCCCUGGCUCUUGCUGUGGAAAAUGUGUGCCAACUUCGUGUAGCAUCAGGCUGAGAGAUGGAAGGCUUAAAUACCUUCAGCCGAAUGAAUCACUUCAGGAUGGCUGUGAUAGCCACUCCUGUAAAGUAAAUGAGAAAGGGGAAUUUAUCUGGGAAAGGAGAAUCACUGGCUGUCCUCCAUUUGAUUCCAGAAGAUGUUUGGCUGAAGGAGGCAGAAUUGCAAAAAUUGGCAGUACCUGCUGUGACACAUGUGUGGAAGUGGAAUGUCGACCAGUAAGUACCAGACUGCAGUAUAGGAAUAUCAACGGAUGUGUGGCUGAAAAGGAAGUGCCUAUUUCUCAUUGUGAGGGCAAGUGCAGAAGCAAUACCAGAUACUCUGUUCAGACAGGGAAAUGGGAAGAUGUGUGCAGCUGCUGUACAGCCACUCAAACCACCAUAGUCACGAUCCCCCUCCGGUGUGCCAAUGGGACAGUGGUGCAGCAUUACAUCCCUUCUGCCUCUCACUGUGAAUGCUAUUCUCGCACGUGUACAGACUGAAUAUUUGCAAGAAGCCCACUUGUUUAAUCUCAAGUUUUAUGAUGAGGGAACUUUACAGUGCAAGCCUCAUUUUCUCUCUGUAGACUGUUUUAUCCAGUAGAGUCCUGACUAACUAAUUGUAUCAACAUAGCAAACAAUAAAACUUACUAGCACAAC